GUUGAGUAGGAGGGGUGCUGAUGUGAGCAUGCUGUCAUGGUAGCGUAGUUACUUACGUAUUUCCUUGUAGUACCGCAGCCGUUUAACUUUCCACAGCGCUUUAAAGCAAUUAAGAAAUAAAACGUACGAACAGAUGCAGAAAUACGUGCAACACAACGAGUGCAAAUUAAUGGUACGAUUUAUUUACUGCGGUACGUGCCGUACGCUUAGUUGUAAUGCUGUGUGUGCACCGUGGUACGCCUAUUCGUAGUAAUCUCUCCAUCCAUCACGCACACCAUGGUGUGCAUUAUGAAACACCCAUGCACUAUGCCUAAUACUAGGGUGGUACGAAAAGUACGUGUAGUACGCUUUGUUAGCAAAGCUGCCCACACGGUGCACGUGCGAGUUAUGGUUCCUCUUCACCUCAUCCUUGAAGUAAUUCAGGUCAGUCACUUUUAUUUGCGAGUUCCUUUCGUGUCUUUCUAUUUUUUUUUGCUUUUUUAGCGAUUUGAGAGAUUGAAAUGCUACGCGGUUGUUAUUGUGUGCUUUUGAGGAGUACUUAGCGAUGUGCUCCGUAGAAUCUUCUUCUCUUGGUUUUAGUUCUGCAUCACCAUCAAAGAGUGCAUUAGAAUUGGUGCUGGUACCUCCAUCCUUACCUCCAUCCUUACCUCCAUCCUUACCCCCAUCCUUACCCCCAUCCUUACCAUCUUCACCCUCCUCCAUCUGUCUAACCGAUAAGUUCUUCUCUUUCAUCUCAUUCUUGCUCACCACAUCUUCAUCAUGCACCUCAAAGCGCUUGCUCAUUACCACCAGUACGUAAAAUAGCAUAUCAUUUCCAAUGCUUCAUCAAUUAUAGCUCUGGUCAAAACACGUGGUGCUAAUUUAUGAUUGUGUGCCACUUGUGAUGUGCAUGCAGUGCUUUAGCGAGAAGUGUUUUGGUUGUGCAAUGAUGAGUGGUUCAUUUUGUAAGGGAUUGUUCUAUUGGUGCGGUACCGGUAGAACACAGCACUGUGGUGCUUGUUACAAUUAUGCAUUACCUUAGCGAUUAUACACCAACAGAUUGAUUGUUACGAUUGGUUGCCUUUAUGAAAUGAACGGUAGCACGGAAUAGAACGGUGCUUAGAAAUGAAAUGCUUGGCACGUACUGAAAAGAUGUUGGUGCUGUACGCUUUUAUUGCGUGCAUGUACUGCGGUACCGUAUAUUAAGAACGGUAUGCUUAAGAAUGUACGUACCGUACCGUUUAUUAUUCCUUGCGUAUUACUCAGCCAUUCUCUGCACCUUUACCGUUAAUACGUGCAAUAAAUCAUUUCUUAGUGUUUGUCUUUACGUAUUAUUUACAUUUAUUUGUAUGUUUAUUUGGUAUAUUUAUAUGGUAUGUUUAUUUGGUAUAUUUAUAUGGUAUGUUUAUAUGGUAUGUUUAUUUGGUAUGUUAUUCCUCCUCUCUUCACUCUUCUCUUCACUCUUCUCUUCACCCUCCUCUUCACUCCUCUCUUCACUCCUCUCUUCACCCUCCUCUUCACCCUCCUCUUCACUCCUCUCUUCACUCCUCUCCUCUUCACUCCUCUUCACUCCUCUCUUCACUCCUCUUCACUCCUCUCCUCUUCACCCUCCUCUUCACUCCUCUUCACUCCUCUCUCCACUUCCCCCCUACUCCUCAUCCUAUAAAAAGUAAAAAUCUCAUCACCCCCACAUCUUCGAAGCUGUACCGUUAACACAGGUCAACAGUCAUAAAGCAUGUACACAUCAACCACACAAUCACAAACAAGUUUGUGAUAUGUGACACAUUUUGUAUUAAAUUGUAUUUUUUAGCUAUCGGUUCGUGCCUUGCAUGUUAAAAUUGAUGAUGUUGCUUUACGUUGGUAUGUUGAUGUGCAUUGGUAAGGAGGGUGCGGGUAAGGGUGAGAAGUUGAAGGGGGAUGGUAAAAUUGGUAAGAUGAGCUUGGUUAGUGAUAAAUCGGUUGAUAGGAUGGAUACGGAGGGUUUGUUGCACAGGAUUAAUGAUGUGGUGAAGGAGUAUGAGAGUUUUAGGAGUAAUGUUUUGGAUAAGUAGUGUGGAGGUAGUGUGGGUGGAAGGGGAGGGAUUAUCAAUAUCUUGGGCAGGUUGUGCGAUUGGGGACGUACUCAGAAUUACAAGGGAUGUGUGGCAGCGAGCGUAGUUUAAAUAAAAUUUAUGUGACCG